AUGGGGUCCCACUGUAACAGUUCCUCAGGCACUGUUGCUGCUCACACUUUUUCUGCAGAAAUUCCCGACUUCCUGACAGAGGAGGAGUGCAAGCUCAUCGUCCAUCUGGCACAGCUGAAGGGGCUGCAGAAGAGCCAGAUCCUACCGACGGAUGACUAUGAGGAAGCCAUGGAAAUGAUAGAAAUCAGCCAGAUGGACAUUUUCAAUCUGCUGGAUCACAAUCAGGAUGGGCAGCUGCAGCUCAAAGAGGUGUUGACCCACACCCGGCUUGGGAAUGGCAGGUGGAUGACCCCCGAAAACAUCCGGGAGAUGUACACUGCAGUCAAGGCCGAUCCCGAUGGGAAUGGCGUGCUGAGUUUGGAGGAGUUCAAACAACUGAAUAUCCGUGAUUUCCACAAGUACAUGGGAAGCCAGAAAGUGAAGAUGAGCGACUUGGUGCGCAACAGCCAGCACACCUGGCUGUACCAGGGCGAGGGGGCACACCAGGUCAUGAGAGCCAUACGGCAAAGGGUAAUGCGCCUGACUCGCUUGCCCCCCGAGAUUGUGGAGCACAGCGAGCCCCUCCAGGUUGUGCGGUACGACCAAGGAGGGCACUACCAUGCCCACAUGGACAGCGGCCCCGUCUUCCCCGAGACCGCCUGCAGCCACACCAAGCUGGUCGCCAAUGAAAGCGCUCCCUUUGAGACCUCCUGCCGGUACGUGACAGUGCUGUUCUACCUGAACAACGUGACUGGGGGAGGUGAAACAGUGUUUCCUAUAGCUGAUAACAGGACGUACGAAGAGAUGUCUUUGAUCCAGAACGACGUUGACCUGCGAGAUACUCGGAAAAACUGCGACAAGGGCAAUUUGCGAGUGAAACCUCAGCAAGGCACUGCUGUCUUCUGGUACAACUACCUGUCAGACGGAGAAGGGUGGGUGGGGGAGCUGGACGACUUCGCCCUGCACGGGGGGUGCCUGGUCACCCAAGGCACCAAGUGGAUCGCCAACAACUGGAUCAACGUGGACCCCAACCGCCGGCGGCAGCUGCGGUUCCAGCAGGAGAUGGAGCGCUACGCGGGGGCCGAGGCCGGGGCCGGCGCCCCGGGGGAGUGGACAGUGGAUAAAGCCUACAGCGGGGUGCACCUGGAGCUGUAGGGCCCGGCGGGAAGGGCUGCGCGCACGUGGCCUUUUCCCGCGGUGGGCGGAGGGGCGGGGCCGCGCCCGCGCCAAUAAAGGGUGGAG